AUGGCGACUUCAAUUGAUAGAAUCAACAGACGGAAGAAAUUGGAAAGGCAGGCUACGUUAAAAAUUUUGAUCUAUAUUUCGAUUUUUUUAAAAUGGUUACCUUUAACGUUAUAUGGUAUAUGCGUCAUGUCUGGUUAUGAGGAGACUUUAUGGAUACAUAUCUCCGCCAUUAUUGCAUUUCAUUUGGGAGGGGUAUAUAGUUGCAUAUUAUAUUUCAUGAACGAAGGAUUUCGUCUUUCAAAUAAGAAGUCGUCUUCUAUUUAUGCGUUAGAAGAGCCAAAAAAAUGA